CAUUCACACACACCAAAGCCGCUGAUGGUUGUUAAAACCCUAUAUGGCGUCAUUACCAGUCAGUGGGUGGGUGUGGUCUUCACCGGUUUGUUAAACAUACCAGAGCUUAAAUGCUGAACAGCCACUGCCAUUCAAAAACAACACUCUGUCCUUCCCUCCCUCCUUCUCGCUUCCUCGCUCACAUUAGUCCUCUCAGUCUGGCUCACUAGUGCUCCAGGAUUCACAGGGUGGAAGUCCUAUUUUUGCUGUAUCAGACAGUUUGUUGCAAACACUGCAGGACAUCUGGACGUGUUGGCCGGCGCGUGGUUCAACUCAAAUCAUCUGGUGUCUUUAUAAGGAGAUUCUUCAAUCACAAGUCUUUUCCUUGAGAGGAGCACAGUACGCUGUGGUGGUGGUCAACAAGCAAAGAUGUCUCUUCCGUUGUCAGUGCUGAUAUGUCUGUCAGCUGUCCAUCUGUGUAUGGGAGAUCAGCCUGUGGAGGAAGUCAUUGUAACAAAAAAAGUGCCUCUACUGGGGGGCUGGUUUGAGCGGAGUCCAGACUCAGCUGAGGUUCAGGAAGCAGCUCAAUAUGCUGUGAAGAUGUUCAACACGCACUCCAAAGGCAAGAAGAUGUUCCAACUGGUCACCAUCACUUCUGCUCAGACUCAGGUGACCAACGUGAUCAACUUUAAGAUUGAUGCGAUCCUGGGAAAAACCAAGUGCCUCAAGGCAGAUAAUCCUGACAUGCUCAGCUGCAGUCUUGAGAAAAAGCAUCUGAAGUGCCAGUUUGAGGUGGCUUUCAACCCCCGCAACAACAAACAUGAGCUGCACAGUCGCAAGUGCAGAAAACUUGUGGAGAAGGUUUAACUUUUUAACAGGCUUAACUUUUUGAUAGUUAUGCUUUGUCUUUCCCUCCAUUCUUACAUUUUGAUACAAUGAUGAUGAUGAGCUGUGUUUUUUUUCUUAACACGUGUUUUACAGAUGAUUUAAAGUGGUGGAUGUGUGGUUUUGAUACAGUAGAAGAUGAACAACUUAUAAUAAUGACAGAUGAUGGUCUCAAUAAAAUAUGUUUGGAAAAGGUGAACAAAACCAGAUGUUGGUUUUUGUUGUCAUAAUAUGGGGAUUAUUUGUGGUUUGUGGCUUGAAUUUGUGUUGUAUGUCUUGAUGUCUUAUUUCUCAUUCCUUUAUUUUAUGGAGAACACUUGAUAUCAUUGUUCAAAAUUGUAAUACAUCUCAUUUUUGAUAACAUUU